UCCUGGAUGAAAACAAUCAGAACAUCACAAUCUGUGUACCUGAAUUUAGUCAAGGCCUGCACAGAGAUGAAAACCUGGUUACUGGCUUGGGCACUACCAUUUUGUUUGGCUGCAUUUUAUAUUCUUGUUUGACCUCAACAACACGUGCAAGCUCAGAGGCACUGAGGGGAAUAUAUGCAACACCUGAAACUGAAGUAGCUCGUUGCUGCUUUUGCUGCGUGCCUGAUGGAGAUGCUGAUGCUGAAGAGCGCAUUGAAAAAAGAGGAGGCCAGACUGUGAUUUAUGAUGAGAAGAAAGGCACGGUGUACAGUUAUGCCUACUUCCACUUUGUUUUCUUCUUGGCUUCGCUCUAUGUGAUGAUGACAGUGACUCACUGGUUCCAUUAUGAAAGUGCUCAGAUUGAAAAAUUCUUCACCGGAACCUGGUCCAUCUUCUGGAUUAAGAUGGUCUCCUGUUGGGUUUGUGUCUGUCUGUACUUAUGGACUCUUAUUGCUCCGCUCUGUUGCCCAACCAGAGAGUUCUCAGUGUGAACACUCAGAAGGUCCUUCUGUGUUUUCUCUUUUCUUUUUUUUUUUCCCCUGUUAACAGAUAA